AUGUUCACAUUGCAUUGUGGGAGACUCUUCUGGCUCGAAAACCUACGUGGAGUUAGCUAUGCGUCGCCCAUUGACGCCAAGCGCAUGCUUGGCAAGUCGUUUGCCUUCAUCUCAACAGGUACAAGUGGUAGCCCCCUGGUCAGCGCCCGCCUUUUGCCCCACAUCACCAUUGCCCACCCCUUUGUGUGCGACAAAUGUUGGCACAUUGGGCACAUGGCAAGCGAGUGCAAGGAAGCGCACGUAGACUUUGGUUCUCAGAGGGGUCGAUGUAAGCUGUGUGCAGAGGAGCACCCUCAAGCCUCCUCUUGCUGCCCUUACAUCUACCAAUACUUUAACCGCUCCACUUACCUCUUGCAUGCUGCUGUGCUCGCCGUGGGCGAAGGCGCGUACGGGCACGACGGCUUUGUCGAGCGGGUCUUUGCCUUAUACCAGCUCAAGCCAACGAGGCACCUGGGGGCAGAUGCUACCUCUUCCACUGCCCACGGCCGGAGCUGGAUCCCUGCCCGUGAAUAG